GUGCCCCGCGCUGCUGUCAUGGCUGCCUCCUUGGGCUGGCUUCCGCACACGGGGUUCUAGGGCCGUGGGUGUCUUUACGGUCACUGAAGUCGCCCGUGGGCUUCGGCGUGGGCCUUUUUCCUUUUAUUCUGUUUCUUUGACCCCUGUGUGAGGCCUCGCAGGAACCUGUUUUGGCUUCGGCGAUGUCCGGGGUGGCGUGGACCCCGGAGCUGGCGGUUCUGAGGGGCUUUCCCACUGAGGCCGAGCGGCAGCAAUGGAAGCAGGAGGGCAGCUCCGGCUCAGAGAGUGCAUUUUUCCUGCAGUUGCUGCUAGAAGGGACCUAUGAGGCUGUGUUCCUAAAUUCAGUGACUCAGAAUAUUUUUAAUUCAACAACAAUGGCUGAAGAAAAGAUUGACAGCUUCCUGGAGGAGAAGAUCAUAUCAUUCCUUGACAACUCAACAGAUGUGGACAAAAUGGAAAGACAGCAGCUGACAUUCCUGCUUGGUGUGAGCAGUUUACAGCUUUUUGUUCAGAGUAACUGGACGGGGCCUCCUGUUGAUCUACACCCUCAGGAUUUUUUGCCAUCUGUUUUGUUCCAGCAAUUCAGUGAGGUCAAAAGACUGGAUGCAGCUGUUUUGAGCCUGCUUGUUCUAGAUGGAGAAUCCAUCUACAGCCUGACUGCAAAGCCUAUACUGCUGCUGUUAGCACGCGUUAUCCUAGUGCAUAUAAGACACAAACUGACAGCUGUUCAGAGCUUGCCGUGGUGGACUUUGCGAUGUGUGAAUAUUCACCAGCAAUUGCUUGAAGAACGCUCACCUCAGCUUUUUGCUCUGGCUGAGAACUGUAUUGAUCAAGUGUUGAAACUAGAGAAUCUGUUUGCAGGUGAUUCGGGUCGAUAUUUGGCUAUUCAAUUCUAUCUGGAAAGUGCAUAUAUAUAUUUAUAUUAUUAUGAAUAUAAGAAAGCAAAAGAUCAGUUCAAUAUUGCUAGAGACCUUGGCAACUUACAAAUUAAUUUGACAGGUGCUUUAGGGAAAAGGACACGAUUCCAGGAAAAUUAUGUGGCCCAACUCAUUCUGGAUGUAAAAAGGGAAGGGGAUGUUCUUUCGCACCAUGAAUUCAGUCCAGCACCUACUCCUCAGGAACACUUAGCCAAGAAUCUUGAGCUCAACGAUGAUACUGUUCUGAAUGAGAUCAAGUUAGCAGACAGUGAACAGUUUCAAAUGCCUGACCUUUGUGCAGAAGAGCUUGCUGUUAUCCUUGGAGUCUGCACAAAUUACCAAAAGAAUAACCCCGUGCAUAAGUUAACUGAAGAGGAGCUGCUGGCAUUUACAUCAUGUCUGCUUUCACAACCAAAGUUCUGGGCCAUUCAGACGGCAGCCUUGAUGCUCCGGACGAAGCUUGAGAGAGGAAGCACGCGCCGAGUGGAACGAGCAAUGAGGCAGACGCAGGCUCUUGCAGACCAAUUUGAAGAUGAAACCACUUCUGUAUUGGAGCGUCGGAAAAUUUUCUAUUGUUGUCAAGUACCACCUCACUGGGCCGUUCAGCGCCAGCUCGCGAGUUUGCUUUUUGAGUUGGGAUGUACCAGUUCAGCACUGCAGAUAUUUGAGAAGCUGGAAAUGUGGGAAGAUGUUGUUAUUUGUUAUGAAAGAGCCGGACAGCAUGGGAAGGCAGAAGAAAUCCUUAGACAAGAGCUGGAGAAAAAAGAAACCCCAAGCUUAUACUGCUUACUUGGCGAUGUCCUCCGCGACCACUCCUGCUAUGACAAGGCCUGGGAGUUGUCCCACCACCGCAGUGCUCGAGCUCAGCGUUCCAAAGCCCUCCUUCAUCUUCGAAACAAGGAGUUCCAAGAGUGUGUGGAGUGCUUUGAACGCUCGGUCCGGAUCAAUCCCAUGCAGCUCGGGGUGUGGUUUUCUCUAGGCUGUGCCUAUUUGGCCUUGGAAGACUAUGGAGGUUCGGCAAAGGCGUUUCAGCGUUGCGUGACCCUUGAACCUGAUAAUGCUGAGGCUUGGAAUAAUUUAUCAACUUCCUAUAUCCGAUUAAAACAAAAAGUAAAAGCUUUUAGAACUUUACAAGAAGCUCUCAAGUGUAACUAUGAACACUGGCAAAUCUGGGAAAAUUACAUCCUUACCAGCACUGACGUUGGAGAAUUUUCAGAAGCCAUUAAAGCUUAUCAUCGGCUCUUAGACUUACGAGACAAAUACAAAGAUGUUCAGGUCCUUAAAAUUCUGGUCAAGGCAGUGAUGGAUGGAAUGGCUGAUCGAAGUGGAGAUGUUGCAACCAGCCUCAAAGGAAAGCUGCAGGAGUUAUUUGGCAGAGUCACUUCGAGAGUGACAAAUGAUGGAGAAAUCUGGAGGCUGUAUGCCCAAGUGUAUGGAAAUGGGCAGAGUGAAAAGCCUGAUGAGAAUGAAAAGGCCUUCCAAUACCUCUUGAAGGCAUACAAGUGUGACACACAGUCCAGUUGUUGGGAGAAAGAUGUUGCAUCAUUUAAGGAAGUUGUUCAAAGAGCCUUAGGACUUGCACAAGUGGCUAUGAACUGCAGUAAAAACAAAUCCAGUCCCCAAGAAGCUGUGCAAGUGCUGUCUUCAGUUCGACUCAAUUUGCAGGGUUUGUUGUCUAAAGCAAAGCAACUUUUUACAGAUGUGGCAAGUGGAGAAAUUUCCAGGGAGCUAGCUGAUGAAAUGGCAGCUAUGGACACCGUGGUAGUGCAGCUCCAAGACCUCAGCAAUCAGUUUCGAAAUCAGUAUUGACUGUGCAGGGGACAGCUUCUGGAAAAGGGGUUGUCACCUUCUGGGCUUUCUCUCAGAGCUCUUUGGCUGGAACACAGAUAAUGAUUUUUAAAAUAAAUUUCUAAUUUAAAGCUAAAUUCUUACUUUUGUGAUAUUCCCAAAUGUUUGUGCUUUCUGA